AUGAAAACCUUUACUUUAUGUUUAAAAAUUUUUACAUUUCUUCUUUUAAUUUGGAUAUUCCCUUUUUUUUACAAGUAUGAUUCCAGUAAGUCUUUGAUUAAUAAAGUUACAUUAGAAACAAAAAUUGGGGUAAAACACGAAAGAACGUUAGCAGAGGUUGAAAUAUCAGAAAAAAAAUCAUCUUAUAUUAAAAAACGUGUAAAACAUCAUCCAUCUGAUGAAAAGGAGAUUAGACGUGAAUAUUUGGUUUAUUUAAUGGACAUAUAUAUUACAUAUUAUAGUGCUAAUAUUAUAACAAACAUUGUAGAAGUUUUACUUAAAGAAGAAAAUGAAAUGAUAUAUAAAUAUAGAGAUAAAAUAUUGAAUGCUUAUCGAAAUAAUAUUUCAACAGAAAUGCAAAUACCGCAUCUAUCACUGACUCAUUAG